AUGUUUUGGACUUCUGCCGUUCUGACUGCAACCCUAUCCUAUGCUUAUGCCUCUGAAUUUAUCCACCACGGGGACACCGCCUUUUUCGGCGCCACACCCCGAGCAGACGGCAAAUCCAUUGUCGAAAAGCUGUACGGGAGCUGCUCGCUGCAUGACGUGAAUGGCCCCGUCAUUCAAACCAAGGAGCCUUGUGUGACUAGCCUGUUCCGUCAUUUGAUCGUUCAAUUGGGUGCCAGCCCUUCGGGUUACAGUGUGGCAGCUGGGCGCGCUGGGUUUGGAAAUGUUACGGUUUCGUCUGGCAGAAACUGGAGUGAUGGUCAUCCACUUCAACUUCCCACAAGUUUUCAGUACUACGAGUUCGAUGGUAAUGAGGUGGGCGGCUUGAAGAUACAGGCUCACGAAAAGAAUGGCACGGUAACGUCCGCCUUCGUCAAGGACUUGGAAGAUUUUGCGGCCGCAUUCACAGAUCAAAGCUUUAACGGUAGCGACUCGUGGAGUUACCGUGUGUGCGAUAAUACAGGCCACCUUCUAUUCUAUGGCCGAAUCGUCGCAGAGGAGUUCGACUUCGCUGAAGACAUUGAGGAUGUCCAGCUGCCCAGCUGUUUGGACAUGGUGAAGACAAACCACAGCACUAUCGCAGAUGCUUCGUCAGUCGCCACUUUUACGUCUAGCCCUCCGACAACAACGCUACCUCCUUACGAGAACAUCGAUAGUGACUAUAUACGCAGCAUUACAGGGAGUUCGUCGCGUCCCGAGGCUGAGACGUAUUCGCUAGCAAAUGAGCCGUGA